AUGCUGUCAGACAAGGCCAUUGAAGUGCUGAAGAAGCAAUCAAACUUGUAUGACACCAUUUUAAAGGCCAUAGCUGAAAAGGAUGCGUUAGCAGUCGUGAACAAGUUGGCAGAAGAAUUCACUGCCAAUCACUCGACGCUAAUAAAACUCGGUAUCCCAAGCAAUCAUCCGUAUUUUACCCAGAAUAUAAACGAUGGAUUGAUGGAAAAAAUCAGGAUCUACAAAGAGAACCUGAUGAAGGUCGAAACUACCGACCCCGAUAUCGACGCCGAUAGACCAUCCACCAGCAUGAAUUGGCAAAUGCACUCGACUCAUCAAGAAACAGUGUUUUCACCCAGGAAGGCGAGCGCAACGGAUGUGAUGGUAGAACUUGUGGGUAAAAGAGCUCUAGUGUUAAAGCGGCACAUUGAAGAGGUGCAUGCCAAUCUAGAGUUCAGCAACCAGGAGGAAACUCUAGAUAGCAAAGAAACACUAGAGUUCCUCUGGAAUAAAGUCCAGUCUACGCUUACCGAUUUGGAGGUAAAAUAUGAUAUACCUUCCCAUGAAAUCGACGGCAUAGACGCAUUGGAGCUUAAAGUCCAUACAUUGUCGAAGAAACUUAACAGGAAGUUAAGUGUCUUUCACAGUAUGAAAGAAGACGUUCCAGAGAUGCCAAAAUCGGAUCUUCCUCAAUUUAAUGGAAGUCCCAAAGAGUGGCCAACGUUCUUCAACUUGUUCUCCGACAUGGUUCACAAAAGGAAGGAUAUCAGCGACACAAGGAAGCUGAACUACCUGAAAUCAUGCCUCAAAGGAGAUGCCCAAAUGGUAGUGAGCCAUUUGUUAAGUGGAUCAGCUGCUAGCUACAAUUCGGCGUGGGAACUUAUAUGUAAGCGCUAUGAAAAUAAGCGCAAGAUAUUCGCAAACGCCGUUAACCAGCUAGUGGACAUGGAACUGCUGGAAAACGAUGAUGAAAGCAGGAUCCGCCGAUUCUUGGAUACAGCAAAUGAGAAUAUUCACAUCGUUAAAGAAGUAGCCCAAAUUGGUAACGAUGCUGAUGUGCUAAUCGCUCAAAUUUUGCUAAGAAGGUUCUCAACUGAAGUCCUACAACUUUACGAGCAACAUGUAAAGAGGGCUAGAGAAAUUCAAUCCUUACAAAAUGUACUGGAGUUUGUUGAUCAACUAUACAAUUCAAUAGACGCAGUACAAAAAAGGGCCGCCCAGACGAUUACUGAAGCAAAGAAAACGAGCUACAAAAGAUGCCGUUUUUGCAAACUGGAUAGCCACGACAUAACAAGAUGCUCAAGAUUUAAAGCAGAGCCAGUUAAAAAACGCAAGGAGUUUGUAACCAAAAAUGCUCUAUGCUUUAAAUGCCUAGGAGCUCAUUGUAUAAAAGAUUGCAAAAGGGAUUUGGCAUGCAAGUAUUGCACCAAACCACACAACAAUUUGCUUCACGAGGAAGCGAACAAAAACGAGACCUUCAGCAGCAACUGUCUCAAAGAAAGCAACGGACAAGAUACGUUGCUGGCAACUGCGCUCAUACGGAUCAAAAAUAAGUCCGGAAAAUACGAGCAGCUAAGGGCCCUCAUCGAUGGAGGCUCUCAAAGAACGUUGAUAUCGGAAGAAGCCGCACAACAGCUAAAACUGCGCCGAAUCAAGAGGGACGUGGAAGUACAAGGAAUUUCGCAAAAUACUGAAAUUCUGAAAAACAGCGUCUGCUUGACAAUCAAGCCUAGAAUGUCAAGCAAAUUCGUAACUUCAACGCAGGCACUUGUUAUGCCAAAACUACAGAGAGCUCUACCGAGCAAGAAAAUUGACAUGGAUGUCAAUAAAGACUGGAUGGGCUGCGAGCUAGCGGACCCACACUUCAACGAGCCCAGCAGAAUCGAUGUUGUCAUCGGUGUUGAUUUGCUUCCCUUAAUAAUGUUGGGAAACGUUAAAAAAGUCAACGAAACACUGGGACAGAAAACUGAACUUGGAUGGAUUGUUUCUGGCAACAUAGCUAGAUCAUCAAACAACAAGGUGAUCAGCGCAACAACGACCAUACGCCUGGAUGACCUCGAACGCUUCUGGGAGCUUGAAAGUAACUCAAGCGAUUCGGAAGAAAACAAUGAUUGCGAGAAAGGAAACUCGCGCAAGCAAGCUAUGGCCAGACUAAUGCAAAUGGAGAAAAAAUUCAAAAAGCACCCACAAUUAUUCACAGAAUAUAAGGACUUCAUGGAGCAAUACCUGAAGCUAGGUCAUAUGGAACCUGUAGACACAAUUGGCAAAGGCAAAUACUAUAUGCCACAUCAAGCUGUAAUCAGACCAAACAGCCUUACUACUAAGUUAAGAGUAGUGUUCGACGCUUCAGCAAAAACCACUAAUGGAUUAAGUCUAAAUGAUGUGAUGCUAGUCGGGCCCAAAAUACAAAAGGAUAUCUUCGAUAUUUUAAUCAAAUGGCGACAAUGGAAGUAUGUGAUGACAGCCGACAUCGAGAAAAUGUACCGCCAGAUUAAGGUCGCCAAAGCUGAUCAGGAAUAUCAAUACAUCCUCUGGAGAGAUGACCCAAAAAUGCCAAUAAAAGAGUACAAGUUAACUACAGUGACAUACGGGACAUCGGCUGCACCUUUCUUAGCUGUUCGCUGUCUUCAGGAAUUAGCAAACCAACACUGCCAAGGAAACAAUCAGCUAAUGAGAACAAUAAAAGAAGACUUCUACAUGGACGACCUCAUUACUGGUGGCGACUCGAUAGAGGACUGCAUCAACACUCAAACAGCACUCUUGAGUGCCGCUAGAAUAUUGGACAAGGAACUGGUCGCAGCUAUAAAAGGAAAUAGCAGUAUCGCACCAGUGCUGGAACGAGAAGGCAUCAAAUGGCACUUCAUCCCGCCGGCAAGCCCCCACAUGGGAGGAAUAUGGGAAGCCGGAAUAAAAUCAGUAAAACACCACCUUAAGCGAGUCAUCGGCGAUAACAGCUUCACGUUUGAGGAGUUUUCGACACUGCUAUGCCAAAUUGAAGCAAUAGAUGGAGACACAUGCAACGAAUCAGAGCAGAAUUCUGGAGGAAAUGGAAAGAGGAAUACCUGGCGUCGUUGCAACAGCGAACCAAAUGGCGACAAGCAAAUGCAAACCUCACAGAAGGCCAACUUGUUCUAUUAA